CAUAUUUACAUGGUUCUUAGAGCAACUGGUCUCACAUCCACACUGUCCUCUGGUCAAACAUGAAGUCCUCUCUGGUGUUCACAUUGAUGUUCACUGGUCUUGUCUCCAUCUUCCCUCAGAUGUGUACUAUAAUAUUUCUCCCAGUCUUCGCCCAGUGACUGUGUGUGUGACCUGAAGAACUCUGAGCACCCCUUCCCUCAUGACAAGCUGCAGACUGUAGAGAACAGUGCCUCAAAGUGCACUAAAAACAUCACUCCACAGCAGGUAAGAGACAUGCUUUCAAAAAUCCUAUUUCUAAAUUCCCACUUUCUCUAAAACACUACAAAACACUCUAAAAUACUACAAAUAGUGAGAAACAGAUCUCUGAUAUUUCACAUAAUUUCAUUGUGAAUCAAAUAAGAAGAAGCAGAUAUUUCACCUUUCAUUGUGUAUAAAAGUAAAUCAAGUAAUAUUGGAUGUUCCCUAUAAAAGGGUCAUUCUGCUGUCCCCAAAUGAGAAGCCUUUUUGGUUCCAGGUAAAACCAUUUUUGGUUCCAGGUAGAACCAUUAUGGGUUCCAUGCUGUGGAAAGGGUUCUACAUGGAACCCCAAACAGUUCUACUUGGAACCAAAAGGGUUCUAUCUGGAACUAACAAAGGUUCUUCAAAGGGUUCUCCUGUGGGGACAGCCAAAUAACCCUUUUAGAUUCUACACAGUACCUUUUUUUCCAAAGAGUGUAUCUCCUGUUCACCUGUAGACCAUGGAGGUGGAGGGUCUGUUGCUGGGUCUGAAGAGGCGUCUACCCCAGCUGGAGGCUGAUGUGUCAGUGCUGGAGCAGGAGGACGAUGGGGAUCUGUAUGGGACGGUGUCUCUUCAGGUCAUAGAGAAUGAACUGUCGGAGAUCCAGAACCUCAUCGACAAACUCAACAGUACCACUCACAGCCACCAACGCCUCAACACAGACACUGCUGAACAGCUGCAGGAGCUCAAAGAAGAGAUGGGGAAGCUGGAGAAAUUUGACAACAUGCAGGUGGUCAGGGGAAAGGAGGUUAACAAACGUCUGAGGAGGGACUUGGACCAGUGCCAGAACGGCCACCAUCCUACUGCCCCACCCCCUGAACCUGCACCUGGAAACUGUCCCCUGGGACACCUCCGGAGCGUGACUGGUCCCAACACAUAUUCAGUCACUGAAUAUGGUGCCUCAUAUGCUUAUGGCUCCUGGGGUCGCGACCCCAAACCUGCUGCAGGGAAGGAGAGCUGGUUUUGGAUAGUGCCUUUGACUUCAAGCAAUGUCUUCUCUAACUUUGUGAGACUUUAUAGCAGCCUGAGCUCUCUGGUUGUGGGGGUCAGUGUUCCAGGCACUGUGGCGAUUCACCCCUCCAACCCCACCACCAACACCAUCCAGGGGCCUAACGUUGUAAUGUAUGGGGACGCCCUCUACUACAACUGCUACAACAAGGACGCUGUCUGCCGCUUCAACAUCACAGCAAAAACAGUCACCACCGUGGGCCUGCCCAAAGGUACUGGGUUCAACAGCAAGUUCAACUUCUGCCAUCUGGAUGCUUGUUAUGGUUACACUGACAUGGACCUGGCUACUGAUGAAUCUGGUGUCUGGGUGAUCUACAGCACCCCUGAUAACUUUGGUAACCUGGUCCUCGCUGAGGUGAUCCCUGAAAGUCCUCCCACCCUGGGCCGGACCUGGACCACUUCAGCUCACAAGCGUGCUGUGACCAACACCUUUAUGGCGUGCGGUGUGCUCUACGCCACACGGUACCUGAGUAAGGAAGCAGAGGAGAUCUUCUACUCCUUUGAUACUGUGAGCGGCCGGGAGCGUUAUGACAUCGGUAUGGAGAUCAAGAAGAUGUCCACCAACAUCCAGUCCCUCAACUACAGCCCCGUUGACCACAUGCUGUAUGCCUACAGUGAUUCGAUGGUUGUUUCCUACAAGGUUAAUUUUGGGUAAACUUUAUACAACUUGACAGUGUGUAUUUUGUUGUGUGCAGAUCUUUACCACCUCCAGCAUCAGUGGAAGCAAGAGUAAAACACAUUGUCAAUCAUUUUUUAAAUAAAACCAGUGUUGCAAAGAAAUGCAUUGAUUAAACAUGUGACUAUAC